CAACAACAACAACAAAAAUAAUAAUAAUAGUCCUGAUCCUCUGCCUUGAGCUUCAUGCUUCUUCCAUGCUUUGGUGGAUACUAUGACAAAGACUACUUACCUAUAUCCUGCCCAUAAUUGGAAGACCUUCUCUGGGGUCAGCCUCGCGUAUGUCUUACCUUUCUGUUGGUCAGCCAGGGGUGACCCCUCCCCCGCCAGACCCCUCAUUACAGCUGCUCUAACAGGUGCUAGGAAUGUAAUGAGUGAAUAUUUAUUGUAACUAAGUUCCCUUAGCUUAGCUGCUGAGAAUAGCCUCAUGCUCACCCUGCUGGUUUUCCUUAUUCUAGGAGUGGACCAAGCUCUGCCUCAAGAGCGACGUGCACCCGUCACUCCUUCCUCAGCUUCUCGAUACCACCGCCGAAGAUCCUCAGGGUCUCGAGAUGAACGUUAUCGGUCAGAUGUUCAUACAGAAGCUGUCCAGGCAGCUCUUGCUAAACACAAAGAAAGGAAGAUGGCAGUCCCCAUGCCUUCCAAACGAAGAUCCCUGGUUGUACAGACCUCCAUGGAUGCCUACACUCCCCCAGAUACCUCUUCCGGUUCAGAAGAUGAAGGCUCAGUGCAGGGUGAUUCCCAGGGAACCCCCACUUCUAGCCAGGGCAGCAUCAACAUGGAGCAUUGGAUCAGUCAGGCCAUCCAUGGCUCUACCACAUCAACAACCUCCUCCUCCUCCACUCAGAGUGGCGGCAGUGGGGCAGCACACCGGCUGGCAGAUGUCAUGGCCCAGACACACAUAGAAAAUCAUUCUGCACCUCCUGAUGUAACCACAUACACCUCAGAACACUCAAUACAAGUGGAAAGGCCACAGGGCUCUACCACAUCCCGGACAGCACCAAAGUAUGGCAAUGCUGAGCUCAUGGAGACUGGGGAUGGUGUACCAGUAAGUAGCCGGGUAUCAGCAAAAAUUCAGCAGCUUGUCAAUACCCUUAAACGACCGAAGAGGCCACCAUUACGGGAAUUCUUUGUUGAUGACUUUGAGGAAUUGUUAGAAGUUCAACAACCAGAUCCAAACCAACCAAAGCCAGAGGGCGCCCAGAUGCUGGCCACAAGAGGGGAGCAGUUGGGAGUCGUCACAAACUGGCCACCCUCUUUAGAAGCUGCACUACAACGAUGGGGGACCAUCUCUCCGAAGGCUCCCUGCCUGACCACCAUGGACACAAAUGGAAAACCCCUGUACAUCCUCACUUACGGCAAACUAUGGACAAGAAGUAUGAAGGUUGCUUACAACAUUCUACAUAAAUUAGGUACAAAGCAAGAACCUAUGGUACGGCCUGGAGACAGGGUGGCGCUAGUGUUCCCAAACAAUGACCCUGCUGCUUUCAUGGUGGCCUUCUAUGGUUGCUUGCUGGCUGAAGUUGUUCCUGUCCCCAUUGAAGUGCCACUCACAAGAAAGGAUGCAGGGAGCCAACAGAUAGGUUUCUUGCUUGGAAGCUGUGGAGUAACUGUUGCCUUGACUAGUGAUGCCUGUCACAAAGGACUGCCAAAAAGCCCAACAGGAGAGAUCCCACAGUUCAAAGGUUGGCCAAAGCUGCUAUGGUUUGUCACAGAAUCAAAACACCUCUCUAAACCUCCUCGGGAUUGGUUUCCACACAUCAAAGAUGCUAAUAACGACACAGCUUAUAUUGAGUAUAAGACGUGUAAAGACGGAAGUGUUCUUGGUGUGACGGUGACGAGGAUAGCGCUGCUGACACACUGCCAGGCACUUACACAGGCCUGUGGCUAUACAGAAGCUGAAACCAUUGUGAAUGUUCUAGACUUCAAGAAGGAUGUGGGGCUCUGGCAUGGCAUACUGACAAGUGUCAUGAACAUGAUGCACGUCAUCAGCAUCCCAUACGCGCUGAUGAAGGUAAACCCCCUCUCCUGGAUCCAGAAGGUCUGCCAGUAUAAAGCAAAAGUGGCUUGUGUGAAAUCAAGAGACAUGCACUGGGCACUUGUAGCACACAGAGAUCAGAGAGAUGUCAACCUGUCCUCCCUGCGCAUGUUAAUAGUGGCUGAUGGAGCAAAUCCCUGGUCUAUUUCUUCUUGUGAUGCGUUUCUCAAUGUCUUCCAGAGUAAAGGCCUUCGACAGGAGGUCAUCUGUCCCUGUGCCAGCUCACCAGAGGCCCUCACUGUGGCAAUCCGGAGGCCUACAGAUGACAGCAACCAGCCACCAGGGCGAGGUGUGCUAUCCAUGCACGGGCUGACCUAUGGUGUGAUCCGUGUGGAUUCCGAGGAGAAGCUGUCCGUGCUCACUGUGCAGGAUGUCGGCCUUGUCAUGCCUGGAGCCAUCAUGUGUUCAGUGAAGCCGGAUGGGGUGCCUCAGCUGUGCAGGACAGAUGAAAUUGGGGAGCUCUGUGUCUGUGCAGUUGCCACAGGAACGUCAUAUUAUGGUCUCUCGGGCAUGACCAAGAACACCUUUGAGGUAUUUCCCAUGACAAGCUCUGGGGCUCCAAUCAGUGAAUACCCAUUCAUAAGGACAGGUUUGCUGGGAUUUGUUGGUCCUGGGGGCCUCGUCUUUGUUGUGGGUAAGAUGGACGGCCUGAUGGUAGUGAGUGGACGAAGACACAAUGCAGAUGACAUUGUGGCCACAGCCCUAGCUGUAGAGCCCAUGAAGUUUGUCUACAGAGGAAGGAUAGCUGUGUUCUCGGUGACUGUCCUUCAUGAUGAAAGGAUAGUGAUUGUGGCUGAGCAGAGGCCGGAUUCCACAGAGGAAGACAGUUUCCAGUGGAUGAGCAGAGUGCUCCAGGCAAUUGACAGUAUACAUCAAGUUGGAGUUUAUUGCCUGGCCUUAGUCCCAGCAAAUACCCUUCCCAAAACCCCACUUGGUGGCAUCCAUUUGUCAGAAACAAAGCAGCUUUUCCUGGAGGGCUCCCUUCACCCCUGCAAUGUCCUGAUGUGCCCACACACCUGUGUCACAAAUUUACCGAAACCUCGGCAGAAGCAGCCAGAAAUUGGCCCUGCCUCAGUGAUGGUGGGAAACCUAGUGUCUGGGAAGAGGAUUGCCCAGGCUAGUGGCAGAGACCUGGGUCAGAUAGAAGACAAUGACCAGGCCCGGAAGGUGAGAACCGAGUUCCUAUUCCUCUCAGAGGUCUUACAGUGGAGAGCGCAGACCACUCCAGACCACCUGCUGUACACUCUGCUCAAUUGUCGGGGAACAAUCGCAAAUUCCUUGACGUGUGUUCAACUCCACAAGCGUGCAGAAAAGAUAGCAGUGAUGCUGAUGGAGAGGGGCCACCUGCAGGACGGAGACCACGUGGCAUUAGUCUACCCUCCAGGAAUAGACCUUAUUGCUGCAUUUUAUGGUUGCCUAUAUGCGGGCUGUGUGCCAAUCACUGUGCGACCUCCACAUCCACAGAACAUUGCAACGACACUGCCUACAGUCAAGAUGAUCGUAGAGGUGAGUCGGUCUGCUUGUCUCAUGACAACACAAUUGAUUUGUAAACUGCUUCGGUCCAGAGAGGCAGCAGCAGCUGUAGAUGUCAGGACAUGGCCCCUCAUACUGGACACAGAUGAUUUGCCAAAGAAGCGGCCUGCCCAGAUCUACAAACCUUCCAACCCAGACACACUGGCUUACCUUGACUUCAGUGUGUCCACAACUUGGAUGCUAGCUGGUGUAAAGAUGUCUCAUGCAGCCACCAGUGCCUUUUGCCGUUCUAUUAAGCUGCAGUGUGAACUUUACCCUUCUAGAGAAGUGGCCAUCUGUCUGGACCCUUACUGUGGACUUGGGUUUGUCCUCUGGUGUCUCUGCAGUGUAUACUCAGGGCACCAGUCCAUUCUGAUCCCACCUUCUGAGCUGGAGACCAAUCCUGCCUUGUGGCUUCUUGCUGUGAGUCAGUACAAAGUCCGGGAUACCUUCUGUUCCUAUUCAGUGAUGGAGCUUUGCACCAAAGGGCUGGGCUCACAAACUGAGUCCCUCAAGGCACGAGGACUGGACUUGUCCCGAGUAAGAACCUGUGUGGUUGUGGCAGAAGAGCGUCCCCGAAUCGCUCUUACACAGUCCUUCUCAAAGCUCUUUAAGGACUUGGGCCUCCACCCACGAGCUGUUAGCACUUCAUUUGGCUGCAGAGUGAACCUGGCAAUUUGCUUACAGGGGACAUCAGGACCUGACCCCACCACUGUCUAUGUUGACAUGAGAGCCCUGAGACAUGACAGAGUCCGGUUGGUAGAAAGGGGGUCCCCUCACAGCCUACCUCUGAUGGAGUCUGGAAAAAUACUUCCUGGAGUCCGGAUCAUUAUUGCCAAUCCAGAAACGAAAGGCCCCCUGGGGGACUCCCACCUUGGAGAGAUCUGGGUCCACAGCGCCCACAAUGCCAGUGGCUAUUUUACCAUUUAUGGAGAUGAAUCUCUGCAGUCCGAUCAUUUCAACUCCCGGUUGAGUUUUGGAGACACCCAGACCAUCUGGGCCCGAACAGGCUACCUGGGCUUCCUGCGGAGAACUGAGCUCACAGAUGCAAAUGGAGAGCGCCAUGAUGCCCUCUAUGUGGUAGGAGCACUGGAUGAAGCCAUGGAGCUGCGGGGCAUGAGGUACCACCCAAUAGACAUAGAGACUUCAGUCAUCAGAGCCCACAAAAGUGUCACAGAAUGUGCUGUCUUUACCUGGACAAACCUGCUAGUGGUUGUGGUUGAACUGGAUGGGUCAGAGCAGGAAGCCUUGGACUUGGUUCCCUUGGUGACCAAUGUGGUCCUGGAAGAACAUUACCUGAUUGUAGGCGUAGUAGUCGUGGUAGACAUCGGUGUCAUCCCCAUCAACUCCCGGGGAGAAAAACAGCGGAUGCACCUGCGGGACGGGUUCUUGGCCGACCAGCUGGAUCCCAUCUACGUGGCCUAUAACAUGUAAUCUCAUCACCUUGGUUUCCACAGACUUUCUACGGACGUGACCGUUUUUCUUUCUUUCUUCUUUUCUUCUCAGUGUCCACAGAGACAUACAGACACUCGGGCCACACUCAAAGGAGGAGCCUGAUGCGGUGGGGGUUUGGGGUAGGACUUCUAGGAGCAAUCACCCUGGCAUGGAGAUGAAAUGUGAAUUUAUGCUGGAUUUUGCUCAGAAGGACUUUGGAUCACUGCCUUCAGUUUGCUGGAAAAGAUCAUUUUAAGAACUUUCUUUCCUCCUUUUUUCUUUUUUGUUUUUUAAUUAUUGGAUAAGAAGUGCUCUCUUCGUAAAUGUGGUAUUUUGUUAAGCCGAAAUAGCAAUUAAAAAGAAUAUUCUACCCUUCAAAUGGGUUCUUUUAAACAAUUUAUGUAGUGUGACAAAGAAUUGUUUUUUCUGUUUUAAUGUGUCAUGGAAUCUUACUGACAUGGAUCUGUUACUAAUUUAAGCCAUCCCUAGAUCUCACCCUUCUAGGAGAGUUUAUUGAGGUACGAGAACCUUCCAGGUAGCACCUUCCGAUUAGAUUUUAGCAGCUUUCUUUGUCAGAGACACGCUGAAGAAGCAGAGGCCAGUUUAUGGCCUUUGAAGUUAACAUAGAACGAGGAUCAAUUAUAAAUAAGGUAUUUCGGCAACUAUCUUGCAGAUAUCUUUGUACUAAACUAAAAAGAUAAAAAUAAGUUAACUUCCUCAAUAUGUAAUUAUGUACAAAAUGUUUAAUUUAUUUUGAUCUCUUUAGAAGUAUAAAAGAGAAAAAACAUUCAAGAAUAUUAAAGUCUUGUAAUGUUUGCUAAUAUAAAAAAGUGUUGUAUUAUCUUGCGUGGAUAGUAUCACAACAAAUAUAUAUAUAUGAACUAUAAAUUCACUAAUGAACAAAGGAGAUUUUAAAGUUUAAAUGCAGAACUUGUCACUUGCAUGGUGCGCCCUCCACUGUACUCACACACACGUGGCUGUUUCCGAGCAAUCGCAGAGCCAGGAACCCUGUCUUAGACCAGAGACCAGCAAGUGGAGUCACCGCCGUCUCUGAGAUGGUGAAGGGACUUAAUGCUAACGUGCACUAUAUUUUCCUUUGCUGUGAGGACGACAGUGAAUGCUUUCGUGCCAGCAUGUGCCAAUGACAUUGAGGGGCUUCAGGUUGGCAAACAGCACUGUUUUCUCAGCUGCAAGAAUUUGUUGCAUAAUGUCAAUUUUAUUUUAUUUUAGCAUUUUUGUGUCACUUUUUAUAAUUUUUGUUGUUGUCCCUUGAUAUGAAAAGAUUGACACCCUGUAGUCAUUUGCAUCAGGUGUCACUAAUUUACCCUUUCCAGUGGCCAAUGCAAGCAAAUAAAUGUCCAGAACACUUUGAGGGAAAAGCUAGCUAUGUGUGAUGUCUUCUUGACUGUGUAGACCCAGCCAACUCUGAUCCUCUAAUCUUGGGAACUUCCUAGCUUGGCCCUGAGUAGCCACUAUUCCAGGGACUUAAAACAGCAAGGAGUCCUGCCAGCUUCAUCCUUGUGCUAGCUGUUGGGGAACUGAUCCCUGGUGACCUGUGCCUAUAUUUUCAUGUGCACAGCUUGGCCGCAGUAUCCUUGUCUGCAUCUGACCAAGGAGAAAGGUAUCAGCAAUACAAGACAAUGUUUACUUUGUAAUUGGCACAGUAUGGCUGGCACAGUAUGGCUUCAGUGGCUCCCCGUAUGAGAUAAACCUAAAAUUGUUGCUAGACAGAAAUGAGUUCCUGAUUGCUUUAUGGGCGAAGUCCUUGUCUGCCUUAGUUACGUGCUGCCAACAGUAAGUCCUUUGCUAAAAGAGAGUUUUCUUUGACUUCUGAGAUCCAAGGCUGAUUUGGUUUUGUUUGUUAUUUAAGUGGCACAUUUCUUUUAAAAUUUACAUAUGUAAAGCAUUCUUCAUCUCCAUAAAUCAUUUAAUUUUUCAAAUAUUGUUUGCUCAUUGCUAUAUGUUUCUGCAUGUUUCAAAUACACAUUCCUACAGUUUGCAGCCUCCCGGGAGGGGAAAUCCCUGCCACAUAGGGAAAAAUUUUUGACACAUGCAUUUGCACCCCCCAUACAGCCCUCCCCCCACCCCUCUCUCAAAGGGAACUUGGUUUAACAUUUCAGAUAGGAUACUGAUUGGUAACCAUCAUUGCAGAGUAUAGGAAACCUUCCGUCUGGCUGAUGUGAGGAAGCAAAGCAAAUGUCACUCAAAACCUACUCUUAACUUUUCACCACAUCAACUUCACACCCAAGGAGGGCGAAGGCUGCAGCACAGGUUGCAAAAGCCGAUCCCAGCAGGUCUCUUCUGCAUCCUGUCAUCUGUGACAGGAGACUUUAAGUUUGAAAGAGUUGGUGGACUGGGUUGGAAGCUUAGUUGUGCAAGAAAAAGGAAAGGAGACACUUAAGUACCACCAGUUUCAGCAAUAAAGAAGGAUCAUUGUGUAUUAGAAACCGUACUGUAGAUAAAUCAUUCAUGAGAAUGUUUUUUAAAAAAAAAUGUUUGUCUUGUGACCAUGUGCUUUUGGAGUCAGCCAAAACCAUGUAAUCAACUUGCACAAAAAGAGGGUACACAAUGGACAUUGAGACACAGACCUAUCGAACAGGAGCAGAUUCCUCAUGGUGCUUGUUUAUUAUACAUAUUUAACCCUGCUUGACACUUUACCCAAGGGGACGGUCCCUUUAUCAGUUGAAUGUUAGCAGCGUUAUUUCAGAGUGUGGUGACUGGUUAGAGAAAACUCGUGUACUCAACCAAUCACAGUUUCAAACAAAAUUUUUAUGUGCAAAGGACAGCAACCUUCUUGUAUGUUCAACCACCAGUACGCUUUGUACAUCUGUGAUAACGCCUGUUUUAUAUUCAAAUGAACAAAUAAAAGCUUUUAUUUUUGUUGCUCUGAAAAUAGCAGUUUCUUAAUUGGUACCCUGGGGAAAAAAAAAAAAAAAACGAUGUCUGGGACAGAUCACUUCCAUGUCAGAAAGGGGGUGACUCCUGCUGGGAAAUGUAUCUGACUCUGUUUACACGACUUGUUGCAUAACUUAGUACAGAUGCUGCUGCUUUGAAUGACGUGUAAAUCUCAAUGUAGGCAUUUCUAGUUAACAGCAGUUCCUAUGGCAACAACUGUUUUGUGAAAUGUUUUUUUUUAAUUCUUUUAAAUACAUCUGAAUAUAUUUGUUCACA